CAGUGGUUCGAAGAACGACAAUAAAAUCGAAUAACGCUACUUCAUAAACAACAUACUAAAAAACAUUUUCACACUUGUGUGUGCUCCCAGUAAAAGUGAUACACAUCAUCUUAACACAUACAUUUUUGAAAACAAUGUGUUCGCAUUCCAAAUAAGUCAAAAAAAGAAACGAGAUGCAAAGAGUAUAAGAUAAAUGUGAAACAGAAAAUUCGAAAUCAUACGAAAAUAUUCUGAAGUGAAUGAUAUUCAUUAAUCGGUUUACUUCUUUUCAAAUGUUAAACGCAUCAAUAUACGUGACGUUCAGCAGCAAGUGAUAUGAAAGAGUCAAGAACCUGAAUUAUGUAUAUUAUACACGAGAUGUAAAUAAAAAGAAAAUAUUCGUUCGAAUGUAGUUUUUGAAAUUAAAACAAUCGCACUAAAUAAAUAGAAAUGUUCAGUGAUUGUGAUAAAUAGUAUGUCGUUGGAGAAAAAAAAUUCGGCGCAGCAAAGAAAGUGAACCGUGAAACCGAUACCAUAUUCAUACAUUUUACUGUGCUCGACCAUAAACAGCCGUUUAUUGUGUGUACUUCAGAACAGCCAGUUCAUUUUGCAUCACCACAAACACUCUCAUAAAAUAAGAUUUCAUUUAAACAGUCCACGAUGGAGAUUAGUCUAGAUGAAGAUGAUGAAGUUACAGAUAUCAGAGAACAAAUGUUCCAUAACACAGUACGCGAACAAAUUAUUUUCCUAUUGCUUUUCAUUUUAUUGUACGUUGGUUCAUUUGCACUGAUCGGUCGAUUCCGUCGUCGCGAUCGAGAAGAUUUAUGUUCGACUGAUGAGGACGAGGUUUUAGUAUACAAAAUAAGUUUAUGGCUAUGCACAUUUUCAUUAGCGGUUGCCAUAUGCGCAGCAUUACUAUUACCCAUAUCGAUUGCUAGCAAUGAAGUGCUACUUCUAUACCCGCUCAGUUACUAUGUUAAGUGGUUGAAUAGUUCGCUGGUCCAUGGAUUGUGGAAUCACGUGUUUCUUUUCUCAAAUUUAUCAUUAUUUGUGUUGCUUCCAUUUUCCUAUCUGUUUGCGGAAUCAUCUGGAUUCUUCGGCCAUAGAAAGGGAAUUAUUUCACGUGCAUAUGAAACGUUUACAGUUUUCUCGUUAUUAGCCGUUGUCGUUUUGGGCAUAACUUACGUAGUAUCAGCGGUUAUAUAUCCAGAGAAAAGGGGUCUGCAAACACUGUUAAAUUUGGGCUCAUAUCAUCUACCAUUUUUAUAUUCAUGUGUUUCAUUUCUUGGUGUACUUUUGCUACUAGUAUGUACGCCAUUGGGUUUUAUUCGUUUAUUUGGAGUUGUUGGUCAGGUGCUGGUGAAGCCACAUUUAAUGCGUGACGUAAACGAGGAAUAUCAUGCAUCGUAUUUGGAAGAGGCCAGCGUUUUACGUAAAAUUGAAAAGCUACAAUAUAAUCCGACAAUAUCAUCAUCAAAAUUAACCAUUAAUAAUGCCAACACUUCAUCAAAUCAGCCAUCCAAAUAUUGUGAUAUUAAUUCCAUUCCAAAAGCAUUUGGUUCAUUAACGGAUUCAUUAUUACGUCAUCGAAAUUUAAAGGCAUUAAAUAGUAUUUGUUCUAAGAAUUAUCCAAGAAAUGAAACUAACGAUAAAAGCACAACCGAUAUUACGCAUAAUUUAAAAUGUGAGCAGCUACAGGAGAGACUACAUGAAGUUAGAUUGGAGCGAAAAGAAUUAGAUAAACUUCGAAGUUCGACAGCCAUUCAGCGAAAUUUAAUUUAUCCAUUGGCCAUGUUAAUGCUAUUAUUUUUGACGGGUUUGACUGUUUUAGUUGUAGUCCAAAAUAUGCUAGAGCUAUUGAUUGGAAUCAAAGCAUUACCGCUUAGUACACGGCAAUUCACAUUAGGUAUAACAUCAUUAUCAAAAGUUGGACCAAUCGGAGCUGCAAUCGAAGUGUUCAUCAUCUUUUAUUUAUGCGCCACAUCCACCGUUGGACUAUAUACAAUGCCAUUUAUGCAAAGCAUUCGUCCGCAACGUCAUAAGACUUCACUAGCACAGCUUAUCGUAAAUGGAGCAUUGGUAUUGAUACUUAGUUCAGCGCUUCCACUUUUAUCGAGAAUUUUGGGAAUCACAAACUUCGAUUUGCUGGGCGACUUCGGUGAAAUCGAAUGGCUUGGAAAUUUUCAAAUUGUUCUAUUGUACAAUGUAAUUUUUGUGGGCACCACCACAUUAUGUUUAGUGAAUAAAUUUACUGCGACCGUUCGACAAGAACUAUGUAAUCGGCUGCGAUCUCUGUUCGGAUAUAGUUAUUAUACAAAUUUUGUAUCCCAUGAAAAUGGACAUGUUGUGCAUCCGGAACAUAAACCGAAUAUAGCGCACAUUUCUGACGACUGCUGAGAUAUUCAUCGACGACAUUGAAUGCCAAUAUCAUUAAUUUAUUUAAUGAUCGAUAUUUUUAUGCAUUUUUUCACAUUUCACAAAUUCAUCUUUUUCUGUAUUCAAUUUAAUUUAUUGAACAAUGUACAAAUAUCAUAAGGUACAUAAUGGACAAACUAUUAUAAUGAUAUGAUUUUUUUUUUUG